AUGAACGUCAGGCACACUUUGAUCUGCUUCCUCCUCCUCACGCUGAGGGAUGGAAACAGUGGGCUCACCAACGCACAAAGACUCGACCGUACAGAAACUGAAGGAGGAAACAUCACAGUUGGAUGCUCCUUUACUUUCUCUGGAGGAAAGAAGAUCUUGUGUCAGGGAAAAUGUGAAGCACGAAACAUUCUGGUUGAAACGACUGGAGACUCAGCUCAGAGAGGCCGAUACAGCAUCAGAUAUCUGGAAGGAUAUUUUCCAGAAAGUGAAACAGUUCUGUAUGUGAGCAUCACAAAGCUGACCAAGUCUGACGCAGGACGGUACCAAUGUGGCCUGGAGGACAGACCUUUUCCUGUCUUCGACUCAUACCAGGACUUUGAGAUCAGAGUUACAGAUGCUCCAACAUCUUCAAAACCAGAAGUGACUCCCCGACCGUUUCCAACAUCAUCCCCAUCAGCCUCCCCACUGACCCCUACUCAGAGUCUGAGCUCCGUACCUUCCUCAGCCUCCCCUGAACGCACCACGCAGCCUCAACAGGGCCAGACAGCUUCAGAUGGUCCAGGUGUGGUGCUGUAUGUGCGUCUGACUCUGGUCGUCAUGGUCAUCGUACUCUCAGCGUCUGUGCUGAUAUUCUGCAGGAAGAGGGCCAGGAAACCCAGAGGCUGACAGAGAGUGAGGAGGUCAGAGAGGAGGACAGAGGGAGCAGAUCUCCUCCUGUAGAAAUGUCUGUUCUCUCCAC